AUGGAGCCGCGCCCCGGCCGCGCUGCCUGGCCGCUGACCUGCCUGCUGCUGCUCGCCCUGCGCGGCGGGCCAGGUGCGGGUGCCCCCCGGCCGGGUCAGGACUUCGAGCUGCGGCAGCCCCAGGACAAGGUGUCGGUGAUGGCGGGGGAGACGCUCACCCUGAACUGCACUACAUCGCAAGGCGGUCCCGUUGGUGCCGUGAAGUGGCUGAAGGGCUGGGGCAGUGGGAACGAGACUGUUUACGGCCAGACGGGCUCCUUCACUCGUGUGAUGAGGGCAGUGGAGGGGUCCGACACAGACUUCACCAUCCGCAUCAGGGAUGUUCACCCCGAGGAUGCCGGCACCUAUUACUGCGUGAAGUUCCGCAAAUCACUGCUUGGUUAUGAGGUGUUUCUGCGGGGAAAUGGCACAGAGGUGUCUGUCCGUGCCAAACCCACGACCCCAGUUGUGUCCGGGCCCGGCCGCAGAGUGGGGCCGGGGCAAUCGGUGCCUUUCACCUGCACGGCCGGAGGGUUCUUCCCCAAAGACAUCAGCGUGAAAUGGCUCAAGAACAGUGCCCCGGUCUCGGCUCAGCAGCCCCAGAUCACCCCGGAGUGGAUGAAAUCCUCCUACAACAUGUCCAGCACCGUGACAAUGAUGCUGCAGGAGGACGAUGUCCACUCGCAGCUCAUCUGCGAGGUGCAGCACCCCACGCUGACAGCCCCGCUGAGGGGGAUGUACCAGCUCAGCAGCGUCCUGCGAGUCCCCCCCAGAGUCCGUGUGGUCCCUGACCCGCCGAGUCCCGUUGAGGUGAACAAGACCGUGAACUUCACCUGCCACGUGGAGGGGUUUUACCCGGGAGAGGUGGCCGUCACCUGGCUGGAGAACGGGACGGAGAUGAAGGCGGAGAACAUCUCUGGGCCGGUGAAGAUGCAGCAGGGCUUGUUUGCGCUGAGGAGCCUGGUGGAGGUCCAAGCGACGGAGGAGAAGAACAGGUCCGUGUUCACCUGCCGGGUGGUGCACGAUGCCCAGGACCCCGUCGACAGGUCAACCACCCUGUGGAUCACCACCCCAGCUGAGAAGAAAAUGACUGACAGGUUGCAGACAGAUAAUUCGCUCCUCAUCUAUAGCGUGGUGGGAGUGGUCUGCACUGUGCUGGCGCUGCUGGUGGCUGCAAUUCUUUACCUCAUCCGGGCAAAGCAGAGCAAGGGUAAAAGCUCGCCAUCUGCUAGGUUACAUGAGCCGGAGAAGAGCAGCGAGGCCACGACGCAGGAAUCCGACCCCAACAACCUGACCUACGCAGACCUGAACUUCGACAGAGAGAGAAAGGCCGUCCGGCGGAUGGUGGAGAUGAGCCAGCAGUCGGAGUACGCCUGCAUCCAGACCAGCCAGGCGCCCGCCAGCGACGACAACCUCACCUACGCCGACCUGGACAUGGUGCACCUCAGCAAGGCGCCCAGGCGGCCGGCCCCGUGCCCCGAGGAGGCCGGCUCCGAGUAUGCCAGUGUCCAGAUCCCGAGGAAGUGAGCAGGGCUGCAGCGGCUGCCGGGAGCCCCCGCCCCAUGGGGAGCUGCUCUGCUCCUCCCCGGGAGGAUUUUCUUGGAAGCACUGAGAGCGACACAAAGAUGUGCUGUGGUACCUGUGUUUCGGGGUGGAAAUGGAGCCUGCAGCACUGUGGAGGCCGGCUCCCAUCCACAGACACCUGAUUUUUGGGGGCAGCUUGGUCCCAGGGCUGCUGGCUCCAUCCCUUUGGGAUCUUCCCACAGCCACGGGGGCCGCUUAGCCUCAGCGUGCCGGGUUUGCCCGCAAGCUGGUUAAGCCAUCGGAGCAGCGGCUCCUCAGGAAUCUCCAGCUGGGCGGAGAGGACGGGGACAGUGCCUCCAUGCCAGCUCCCAUGGGGAUGCCACUGCCCGGCCAGGCUCGCCCGGCUUCCCCCAGCUGCCCCGACCCCGCAGGGACCAGCCAGGGCCCCUGUGCUGCCUUCUGGGGCUUUCUGCUGCCGGCACCUGGAAAACAAACUCUGGCUUUAAAGGAAGGACCCACGUGUCCGCCUCUCUCUUCCCAAGUGUCCCUUCUGCGGGACCUCGGUCUCGCACCAAGGCCAAUGAGGCUGGGACGGCCGGUGAGCCGAGCUCCCCUGCUGCGGGCUCUCCCCUGCCCUGCUGCCCGGGGAGGCUCCAGGUACGAGCAUCCUCCUCCUCAUCUUCCUCUGCACAGCCUUGCCCCGCACCGGGACCCACCAGCGCUGCCCCAAGCUUGUACAAAGCGUGCAGCUCCGUGCCGGCCGGGCUGCGGGUGCCCCUGCCAGCCUGGCUCCCCCCGGGAGCUCCCCGCAGGUACCGUGUAACAUGUUUUGACUGUUUGACAUGUAACUGUUAAUUUUUAGAGCUAAACCCCGAUGUUUCGUGUUGUACGUGGGUGUACUGCUGUGUACUUAACACUAGAAUAAGAUGUGCAAAAUUAAGACGGAGGCCUCGGUAAGGACCCCUAAACGCCGUAGAGUUUAAAGAGACUUCUGUGCCCCCCCAGCUCUGCCCUGGGGGUCAGGCAGGCUCCCCCCAGCCCACCCCCGGGGACAAGUGUCUUCCAUGUGCCCCCUCCCCGGGACACCGCACGGGGCCAGCACCUUGCCUUGGCUCCUGCAGCACCCGGGUGGCCUUGGAGCAGCGGGCACGCGUGGGGCUGGCCACCCGGGGGGGGCCGGGGCUGC